ACGUUUUUCGCGUUUUUUUUUUAACAUUUGUGUCACCGAGGCCUUAUGCAAUACAUUUAUUUAGCUAACAACCGGUUUUUCGACCGUUAAGUAACUCCUGAUGUUAUCCUCAUGACCAAUCGUUGGUAACUACGCUCCGACGUGACAUUGUUUGGCUCAGUAGCGCAAGUAGCACUCGUUAUCCAGGGAGUGUCAGGGGAGUGUUUCUGACUGCUCCGAUAAGGUGGCCCUGCCCACUCAACAAACAAUAUCACAGCACAACAGUGUGCUUAACGAUUUGGCUGUACGUUUGUAGUUUCAGUGCUCGAUACGACAUUCAUACUGUACUCUGCUGCCCACUGAGUGAGAAAAUGUGGCUGCAAAUAGCUGGGUUCACUGCCCUGCCACACCUGGGAGGGCUCUACGGUGGUUAUCUCACACGCAAAGAGGUAAAUACCUGGUACCCAACCCUGAAGAAACCAUCAUGGCGCCCACCAAACAAAGCAUUCCCCGUAGUGUGGACGUGUCUGUACACAGGCAUGGGCUAUGGUUCAUACCUGGUGUGGAAGGAGCUUGGAGGUUUCACUGAGGAUGCACUAGUUCCACUCGGGCUUUAUGGGACACAGCUAGCUCUGAAUUGGGCCUGGACUCCCAUUUUCUUUGGUGCACACAAGCUGAAAUGGUCCCUCGUUGAGAUUGUGCUUCUCACAGGGACUGUCGGAGCCACCAUGAUGUCCUGGUAUCCCAUCAGCCGCACCGCUACGAUGCUCUUAGCACCCUAUCUGGGCUGGCUGUGCCUUGCAACCAGCCUCAACUACUGCAUAUGGAGAGACAACCCAGAGGAAAAAGAAGAGUAGGGAUCAUGACUGUGUGUUUUGAAGAACAUACUUACAUUCUGAAUCACGUACACAAUGUUAUUAAAAAAAAAAUAAUAAUACUAAUAAAAAAAAAAAAACAGGUCCGUCUCACUUUUUAACUUUUGACUUUAUUAUCCAGCUGCUUUGUUAUGAUCUUGUUGGCUGGUCACAGACUUACUAAUACUUGCGUAUAUGUUUCCCAAAAUAAAAUGAAGAAAAAUAAAUAAAGACGUCAUUUCUAAAUAGUGGUACCCUCUUUAACAUCUGCUGUACUUUAGAUCUGAGCAGGCAUUAUUUUAUCUGCUUAGAUACUGUAUAACAGCCUGCUUCUAAUACAUUUUUUUGUUCCUUAAAAAAAAAAUCCCUUAAGAAUUUCAGUGCAUUGUCAGAAAUGUCAUUACUAAUAGGAAAAACUGUAAUAUGAUCAGAAUAUGUGAUUACAUUGAAAUUAGUUAAGUCACCCCAUCGUGUGGAGUUUUGGUUGUUCAGUUUAAAACUGAAAGUUUUUGCCUUUUUUUUUUUUUCUUCUUAAAUAAGUGAUGUUCAAAGUGUGAAUUUAUAAUAAAACUGUGUGUAAACUAGUCCAUGAAACAUUUUUGCUUUGCAAGUAAAUAAUUUGAAUUAACGGUCAGGUGCAUUUCUCAAACAGACACAAGCUUAACUGAUUAAAUCCUGCCUGGUAAGCCAACUCACAGCCGUGAUGUAGACCAAAUGUUUUUCAACAUUGUUUCUAUAGACUUGUUUAAAUGUAAAAUUUCUUAUCAUAUGUAACAAUUCAAGUCUUAACAAACAGAAAAACUCCAGGAAAUUGAGUUCUGUAAUCUGUUAAGACUGUAAAAUAACACUGGUGUUACAAACUGAUGACUGUGGGUUAUUUCCACCACACAGCCAGUGAAGGCUUGUAAAAAUAUUUAGUUUGAUUCAACAACAUCCAACCAGCGAAUAUUCACAAAACUUGCAGCAGCUGACCUACAGCAGCAGAAGACCACACUGCUUGCUACUUCUGUCAGCUAAGAACAGAAAACUGAGGCUACAGUUCACAUGUUCACUAAAACUGAACGAGACUGGAAAAAUGUUGCCUCUCUGAUCAAUUUCUGCUGCAACAUUCAGAUGAUGGUCAGAAUUUGGUGUGAAUGGCAUGAAAGCAUGUCUCCAUCCUGCCUUGUAUCAACAGUUCAGGCUGGUCUCAGGAGGAUGAUGUAUCUCAUUGGAAACUCAAAUCAUCUCAAACUUGCUUCUUGGAUAUGGAAGUGAGUUCACUGAACUCAAAUGGCCUCCAUAGUCACCAGAUCUCAGUCUAAUAUGGUAUCUUUGGGAUGUGAUGGAACAGGAGACUCAUUAUAGAUGUGCAGCCAACACAU